AUGGACUGCAUUGCCUGGCUACAGAAGAAAUUCAUCACUCAGCAUGGAGAUCUUAUCUCUCAUGAAGGACUAGUUUGGUACGAGAAUUACGGAAACGCCGCUAUGCCUUCCGUGGAUGGCGAAUCCUUAUGGAAACGACACGAAAUUGAUCAAAUUACGAAGGCUGACAUGCAACCCCUGUAUCAGAAGGAAACUACAACGACCGUACCAUAUAUCCCGUGUUCACGGCAGAGACGCAUUCCAGGCGGCUUGCCAGGAAAAGACGAGAUAGGAGACGGGUUCUUUACCGACACUUCAACGGACGACGAAAGAAAGAUUUUGAGACGAAUCGAAGACAACAACAACGAUGGCGAUAGUCAGCGUGAACAAAGUUCUCCGGCUGCGGUGAAUACGAAUAACGAUCCACCUACGGAGUGUUGUAGUGCAUUGAUCAACUAUCCAACGCGUGUCAGCACGGGAGAAGAAGGGUCCCAAGUUGGAAUCAAGCCCAAAUUAAAAGACCUGGAGGGCGAACAAGAUGGAGACAAAUGUUCGAAUGGUGUAUAAAACAUAACCCUUUGUUUAUCCAUGAGAGCCAGCAGUCAGUCUAAUCGUGCGGAUGUAGAUUAUUUUGCCACAAGCGAUAAAAAUUCUCAAGAACGUGGGGGUAGUUCAAAAAUCAAAAUCAUCAAUUAUCCUGGUCAAAUAAGUUCUAUCUUCAAUUGCUUUUGGGCUUGAAAGUUUUAAUUUUAAUUUGAUUCAGCGUUCUUUCGCUGACGUUUUCGUGUCGCGUGCGUCGUAUGCUCGCGUGAUUAGAAGAUAUCAUUUAAUUUAUCUUACGAUUUAGGACGGCAACGCGACUGCAACGGCUACCAAUACAAUAAAUAAUUGAAAAGAAUUGAAUAAUAACAAUAUAUGAAUAACUUAGACAUUGCCGUCCUUCGCUCUGUUUACAACGCCAAAUCACAGAUUUUCACGUCUUGAUACAACGGCUGCAUUUCAAGCCGCAACAAGUGCAACUUCAAACUGCGUUAGCAGAACUCUUCCCAACCAUAAAACCCAUGACGGGCCAUGUCUCCAACUUCUAAGACUGUAUUAAAUUCAUACGAUUGAUAAUAUACCACGAAUUAUCUUCACUACAAUUUAUUUGAAGCAGUUUGUUUUGGACGUCGUCGUCGCGUUUCCGUCCUAUAAUCGUAAGGUCUCUAUUAAUUAAAGCGUCCCAAUCGGGAAAUAUCAACUGUCAACCCACAAACAUAGAUCAAGUAUGGACAGAAUUCAAUUCAUAUUUCUGUUCUGUUUUCCAGCCUGUUAAAACAACAUCUAUUCCUGAACCAUCCACCCCCUUGCUGCCUCUGUCCAAUUGUCCGAUGUACUGUAUUAUUGACGCUCUUUGUAUUUAUCGUUCGUCAAAUCCCAACUAUAUGCUAUGCCACAGAAGCCUUGUUGCCAUCUAUAUAUGCAAGUAAAUCAACGUAGAGCGAGUUCAAAGACGUGCUACAUUUACAAUUAGGUGGAUCCUUCAAAUGAAGAAAGGUGAAAUGGACUAUAAAGAUCGACUACUGGUCCUAAAUCUUUUACCAGUUUUUACCUUUAGCAUAUGACAGAGAGAUUAAGGAUAUGACUUUUUUCUUUAAAUCUUUGCAUAGCUUUUACGACUAAUUAACUACAAAUUUUGAUGUUAACAUGACCUGUAUUUGGUCAUUGCAUCGCAGAUGUUCUUGUCAUAGGGGUAGUUAAUUUCAUAUGUAGACAUAUACCAGCGGCUUCAUUGAACGAUGCAUCGUUUUAAGGUUUCGGCUCACCCACCUUUUAACUUAUACACUAAUGUAUUCAUUGUUUUAUAGUACAUUUUCAACACAGUCCACACACUGUUGACGCGGUAUUGCCUUUGAGCAUAAGGUGAUUUAAAUAUAUUAUAUUGUAAUAGUUUAUAUUGUAAUAAUUGCAUUGUAAUUGUAUGUUUCGGGUUAACCAGUUAGUAUCUGUCUACGUGAAUUGGAGUAUCAUGUAUAUAUGUAUACUUGUGUAUUAUUAUCUUUUUAAUUAUAUCUUAUAUUAUUUGAAACGGGAGAGUGCCUCGCAUGGGUCUUAGAGUCCCGUUCGCACUCUUGUCGCUUGAACAUUGUUCACAGAGUUGUUCAAACAAAACAAAACAAAACAAAACAAAACAAAACAAAACAAAACAAAACAGAACAGAACAGAACAGAACAGAACAGAACAGAACAGAGCAGAACAGAACAGAACAGAAUAAGGGUGCAACGGAACUCGGUUCCGGCCGGUUAGUUCCGGCCGGAACCCCGAUUUUUAUUGUUCCGGUUCCGGCCGGAACUAGUAAAAAAUGCGUGGCCGGAAACGGAACUCUGUCGUUUUCAGAGAGAUAGAAUAUCAAACGUUUUUGUGUCUAACAAAAGGUCACAGUAGGAAGAAAUUUGGACUACGCAAGAGAAAUGUACACUAUUAACACUUCAUUAUGACGUUUAACGUUUGUCAAUCUUUUUAUUCUAACAUUUGCGAGCUCUCUCCUUGAUGACUUGAAGUGUCUGCCUGUCUGGCAGCAGACAAAGUAACAUAUGACUAUAUAUGGCUUAAUAAAUUAGUUCCGGUUCCGGCCGGAACUUCCGGCCGGAACGUUUUCCAGUUCCGGUCGGAUCCGGUUCCGGCCGGAACUUAAAAAACUGGUUCCGAUGCACCCCUAGAACAGAACAGAACAGAACAGAACAGAACAGAACAGAACAGAACAGAACAGAACAGAACAAAAUAGACGCGUGCGCGUGCUGUCUAGAUCUGAGACAUGUGAGGGUGCGCGUGCUUCAAAAUAUGUGUAGGAUUUGAAAGAAAAGAAAAUAAUAAUAAAACGACGAAAGUACGACGAAAACGUAAAGCAAUCGCAUCAACUAGACUCAGAAACACAACAAAUGCAUUCUAUUAACGUGAGAUAUAUUUUUUACAUAUCUUGUUAAUAUUUUUUAAUUAUUUCGCUAUUACUGUCGAUGCAAUGGAAGUGUUGAUAAAAUAUUGCAUGAAUUCAUUUCCUCAAGUUGAUCAAUUCAUACGAAUUCAAAUUUCAUUUUACUUCCUGUGUGUUUCCUAUUGGUCAAUCGGUUCUGAAACGAAAUCUAAUUGGCUCAUCUAAAAGUAACAGGAAGUUGAUCAAUUUUCUAUCAAAUGAAUUGAUCAACUUGAGGAAAGGAAUUGGUGCAAUAUUUUAUCAACACUUCCAUUGCAUCGACAGUAAACCUAAUACUAAUGUCGGGUAAAACCUAGUUGACCCAAUCCUUAUUCUGAAUUUAUUAAUCCUUCCUCUUGCCUCUAGGAUCUGGAGUCGAACUGGUACCCAUGGCAACCAAUGGCGCCAGGGACGAAUCACUCUCUCUAGUACCCAACUGUUCACACUCGUCUUUGAAGGUGUACGCGGGCGAUCAUAUCAGGGAGAUAUAGCUUUGGAUGACAUCACACUAGGCGAUGGAAAAUGCCCGCCUGCCCGAUUCUGUGACUUCGGUGAUGAUUGGUGUCAUUUCAGUAACAUAAAGGGAGACCAGUUCGAUUGGACACGACGGAAGGGUAGGACGUCUUCGUACGGUACUGGACCAUCUGUCGACCAUACCACCGGAACUUGGAAUGGUAAGUUGUUGGUGGUAUUACCUUUGUGCUGGUUGUACAUUGCCUCAGUGUUCAUGGCGCAUGUCAGCCGUGAUUCCUGCAAUCUGCAAAUUUUUUUAUUAUAAUUUCGCCUUGAUUGCAUGUGAGAAGAUUGCUUUUAAUCUGACUCUAAAAACACCGCAGUACCAAUUUUCCUCUUGUAGUAACACUGGACCAGCAAAGCAUUAUCCUUACUUGAACUCUAAGAAGAACAGACUGAUAGAGCUAUCCAGUAUAAAUAAAGUUAAUUUAGUUUAUGUUUCCUCCUGUUGUAACACGGGGUCAAUAAGAGAUGAUCCUCACUGGACCUCUAGGGAGAAUAUCUUAGACCUGAUAGAGCUAUCCAGUAUGAAUAAAGUUAGUGUAGUUUAGGUUUUCUCCUGUUCUAACACUGGAUCAAUAAGGGAUAUCUCUUACUGAACGUCUAGGGAAAAGAAUGUUAUAGCUAAAAAGUUAAUUUUGAAAAACAUUCUACCUCAACAUUUUACACCCUCUUACUUGCAGGAUAUUAUGUAUACAUCGAAACGAGUUGGCCAAGGAAGAAGGGUGACAAAGCUUGGCUUGUGAGUCAAACCUAUCCUGCUGCGCCCACGGGCAAAUGCUUAAACUUCUACUAUCACAUGUACGGGUCAGAUAUCAAUCUACUUCAUGUAAUCGCUAAACCAAUUGGUGCUCCGUUUGGCACCAGUGUCUGGAACAAAACUGGAAACCAGGGUGAUGUGUGGAGACAUGGGCAAGCCACAGUACGGGCAACAAGUAAAUUCCAGGUUCGUUUUACAGAAGA